UAAGGAUAAAUUGUCCAAUUAAGAAAUGACACCUAAAUUAUUUUUACUCUUAACUUAAUAACCAACUACCUGUGCCUGCAAUGGGGACUUUUUUAUCCAAGUACACAAAACCACCCAAACCCAUGGAGAAGGAGGUGAAGAAGAAGGUGAAGAAGAAGGUGAAGAAGAAGGUGGAGAAGAAGGUGGAGAAGAAGGUGAAGAAGAAGGUGAAGAAGAAGGUGGAGAAGAAGGUGGAAAAGAAGGUGGAGAAGAAGGUGAAGAAGAAGGUGAAGAAGAAGGUGGAGAAGAAGGUGGAGAAGAAGGUGGAGAAGAAGGUGAAGAAGAAGGUGGAGAAGAAGAUGGAGAAGAAGGUGGAGAAGAAGAUGAAGAAGAAAGACCAGCCACUGCCCUAAAGCCUCCAUCUUGCUGUAUAUCUAUUACUGUAUUC